ACAAGUUUGUCAUUAGCACUGAGGAGGUAUCUGGGCUUUUUUAUGUUUAUAUUUUAGAACUCAUAGGACACAUUAGUUAAUUGACUUCCGUCCUUCACUCAUCAAAAUGGUAUGUUUGCCACAAAGAAAUACCUGUUGUUCAUUAAAGGUCCAGAGAAGUCUCCUUGGAGAUGCUCUUCUGAAGGAAACUAAUUAAUCGCAGGGAGCAUCACAUCAACCCUUCAAGAGCAAAAGGAAAAGAGCAGAAUUAGUGGUUUUGUGUCAUGUUUGUGGUUGGCCUGACUGACGUCCAUCGGUGUGGACACCACAGAACAAUAUAAAAGACAUUUCUUCUUCCCCCGGGAAGAUCAGAUACCUCCUCUUCACACAAGCCAGAAGAUGCCGUGGUUCCCCAUCAACUUCCAGAAAGCUACUGGAAUGGACACGUCUAACAAGAAAGUCAUGGUGCUGGUUUUGAUGUUGCUGCUGUCUCACCUGGCCUGUGAUGCUCACAGCAUGUCUGAGUGCUGCAGACAACCGGCUCGCUCCUGUCACCUCUACGCAUUGCUGUGUCGCUCCGGCAGCAAGAGCUUAGGUGGAACACUCACAGGAGACGCCGCCGCUGGCAUCCUUACUCUGGGUAAACGGAAAGCUGAUGAGCAUCUCGUGCAGAGCCGACUCCAACAGCUCCUCCAAGGCUCCAGGAACCAAGCCGCAGGGAUCCUGACUAUGGGGAAGAGGACUGAAGAGAGGGCUGGAGACUGGUAUAUGGACUGGAUGGCUCAGUCAGGAUAUACCGUCUCGACGCCACUGCCUGUUUUAAGCUAAAUACCUCAAGGCAUUAGUACACUGGGACACUGGGAAAAUGUAAUUGGAUUAAUUAUUAUUUUUAUGCUCACAUAAAACUAUUUUGUUGUUAUUAUGUUCUUUGAACUGUGCUUUUUUUUAAUGUGAUUUGCUGUGCAGUGCAUUUGCCUAUCUGAUAACAUUAGGAAGAUGCGUAAUAUAUGGAAAAGGCCAUGUGGUGUAAU